CACGCUGCCGAUGCCUGGAGGGGCUCAUGCCCCUAAUUCAUUAGCAUCGAGUUCGGCGCUGCAACUGUAAGUAGAGGGUAGUCGUGUUUGUCCUGUGACGUCACCCGGUUUCCGCUGUCACUCGUUGCUGUAGUGCGCUGGUUGAACGGAGUUAGCCAGUGCAGAGCUUGCUACAAAGUAAUAACCGAUCCACUCUUUCGGAUACAAACUUUUUGAAAAAAUAAAUAAGAUCAUGGAGCCGGAAUAAGGAUAAUAUCGCCACAAGGACUUGCAAUGGAGACUUUGUUCAUCGGGUUACUGCUUUACAGUUAUUUCCUUCUGGUUGGUGCGUCUCCUCUCCUGCUCUUUGCAAACAGGCGGGAUGUCCGGCUGGUGGAUGCAGGGUCUGGGAAACCAGAGUCUGCCGUGGUGGUCAGUGGUCUUGAGGACGCAGCGGCAGUGGACUUUGUCUACUCGGAGGGGUUGAUAUACUGGACUGACGUGAGUGAAGAGGCCAUCAAGCAAACCCUUUUCAAUCAAUCUGGGAAUGUGCAAACCGUUAUCGUUUCGGGCCUGGAUUCUCCUGAUGGCCUGGCUUGUGACUGGCUGGGAAAAAAGCUGUACUGGACAGACUCCGAAACCAACAGGAUUGAGGUGGCCAAUCUGAAUGGAACGUCUAGGAAAGUCCUGUUCUGGCAAGCCCUUGACCAGCCAAGAGCAAUCGCUUUGGAUCCAGCACACGGGUACAUGUACUGGACAGACUGGGGGGAGGAGCCCCGCAUUGAGAGAGCUGGGAUGGACGGCAGCACCAGGAAAAUCAUUGUGGACUCUGACAUUUACUGGCCCAACGGUCUGACGAUAGACCUGGAUGAACAGAAACUUUACUGGGCAGACGCAAAGCUGAGUUUUAUCCACAGAGCGAACCUGGAUGGCACCUUUCGGCAAACAGUGGUUGAAGGCACGUUGACGCACCCGUUCGCACUGACUCUAUCCGGGGAGACUCUGUACUGGACAGACUGGCAGACCCGCUCGAUACACGCCUGUGACAAGAAAACCGGGGAGAAGAAGAAGGAAAUUCUCAAUGGCAUUUAUUCUCCGAUGGACAUCCAGGUCCUGGGCCAAGAGAGGCAGCCCGACAUUCGAACCCCCUGCGAUGAAAACAAUGGAGGCUGCACCCACUUAUGCCUCCUGUCCCCUAGAGAGCCCUUUUACAGCUGUGCUUGUCCUACUGGUGUCCAGCUUCAAGACGAUGGCAGGACCUGCAAACCAGGCGCUGAAGAAGUAUUAUUGCUAGCGAGAAGAACAGACUUGCGGCGUAUCUCUCUUGAUUUGCCUGACUUCACAGACAUUGUGCUGCAGAUUGAUGACAUUCGGCAUGCCAUCGCUAUUGACUAUGAUCCAGUGGAGGGUUAUGUGUACUGGACCGACGACGAGGUCAAAGCAAUCCGCAGAUCGCUCAUCGACGGCACUGGGGCUGAAACCCUGCUCACCACUGAAGUGAACCACCCUGAUGGGAUAGCAGUAGACUGGGUGGCCCGAAACCUUUACUGGACCGACACCGGGACCGAUCGCAUCGAGGUGACGAGACUAAAUGGCACGUCCAGGAGAAUCCUCAUAUCGGAAAAUUUAGAUGAGCCAAGAGCCAUCGUACUGGAUCCUAUCCGUGGAUACAUGUAUUGGACCGACUGGGGCGAAAAACCAAAGAUCGAGCGUGCCAACUUGGACGGCAGUGACCGCCUUGUCCUUCUGAAUAACUCUUUGGGUUGGCCAAAUGGGUUAGCAAUAGACUACGCAGUGGGAAAGCUGUACUGGGGAGAUGCCAAAACAGACAAAAUCGAGGUGAUAAAUAUUGAUGGCACAGACCGGAGGACGCUUUUAGAAGAUAAACUGCCUCAUAUAUUUGGGUUUACAUUGCUGGGGGACUACAUCUACUGGACUGACUGGCAGAGAAGGAGCAUUGAACGUGUCCACAAGACCAAAGGCAUAAGAGAGAUCAUCAUAGACCAGCUGCCGGAUCUCAUGGGCCUCAAAGCAACACGGGUGACUAAAGCAUUUGGAACUAACCCUUGUGCGGACAACAAUGGAGAUUGCAGCCACCUGUGCUUCUUCAGGCCACAGGGUCCACAGUGUGCCUGUCCAAUGGGUCUGGAGCUUCUGGGCGACAUGAAGACCUGCAUUGUGCCUGAAGCCUUCCUGCUGUUCACCAGCAGAGCGGACAUUCGGAGGAUAUCUCUGGGAACACACAAUAAUGACGUUGCCAUUCCUCUCCCCGGAGUCAAAGAGGCUUCUGCUCUGGAUUUCGAAGUGUCUGAUAAUAGGAUCUAUUGGACUGAUGUCAGUUUGAAGACUAUAAGCCGUGCUUUCAUGAACGGCAGCUCUGUUGAGCACGUGAUUGAGUUUGGACUGGACUACCCCGAGGGCAUGGCGGUGGAUUGGAUGGGAAAGAACCUUUACUGGGCUGACACGGGCACUAACCGGAUCGAGUUGGCCCGUCUAGACGGACAGUACCGCCAGGUGCUCGUGUGGAAAGACUUGGACAACCCUCGAUCUCUGGCGCUUGACCCAGCUAACGGGUUCAUGUACUGGACUGAGUGGGGGGGUAAACCCAGGAUAGUGAGAGCGCACAUGGAUGGGGCCAACAGCAUCACGCUGGUUGAUAAAGUGGGACGAGCCAAUGGGCUUACUAUUGACUACAUAGACCAGAGGCUGUAUUGGACGGACUUGGACACAUGCAUGAUUGAAUCCUCUAGCAUGCUAGGGCUGCAAAGGGAAGUUAUUGCAGAUGAUCUCCCCCACCCGUUUGGGCUCACCCAGUACCGAGACUAUAUCUAUUGGACCGACUGGAACCUCCGCAGCAUCGAACGAGCUGACAAGACCAGUGGGAAGAACCGCACGGUAAUCCAGGGGCAUCUGGACUACGUUAUGGAUAUUUUAGUAUUCCACUCCUCCCGCCAGGACGGCUCCAACGAUUGUGUGCAGAAUAAUGGGCAGUGCGCCCAGCUUUGUCUGGCUGUACCUGAGGGAUACAAGUGUGGAUGUGCUUCACAUUACACUCUCGAUAGCAACGGCAGGAACUGUAGCUCCCCUUCCAGCUUCCUCCUGUUCAGUCAGAAAUCGGCGAUCAGUCGCAUGGUGUUGGACGAGCAGAGCCCAGACAUCAUCCUCCCUAUCCACGGACUGCGCAACGUCCGGGCGAUCAGCUACGACCCUCUGGACAACGUCAUUUACUGGGUGGAUGGGCGGCAGAACAUUGUCAAGAGAGCAAGGGAUGAUGGGUCACAGCCAUUUGUAGUGGUCUCUGCUACUAACCAUAUUCAGAACCCAGAGAAGCAGCCCCACGAUCUGAGCAUUGACAUUUUCAGUCGGACUGUCUACUGGACAUGUGAAGCCACCAACACCAUCAACGUGAACAGACUGGAAGGGAAGGGCAUAGGAGUGGUGUUGCGUGGGGAGCACGAUCGACCAAGAGCCCUUGUGAUGAAUGCGGAAAGAGGGUACAUGUACUUCACAAACAUGCAAGAGAGGUCUGCUAAAAUAGAGCGUGCUUCCCUGGAUGGUACUGAGCGGGAGGUGCUGUUCACUACAGGACUCAUUCGACCUGUCGCUCUGGCAAUCGACAACAAGCUGGGGAAGCUCUUCUGGGUGGAUGCCGAUCUCAAACGCAUCGAGAGCAGUGACUUGUCAGGAGCAAACAGGAUUACUCUGCAGGAUUCCAAUAUCCUCCAGCCCACAGGGCUGACAGUGCUGGGGGAGCACCUGUACUGGAUAGACAGGCAGCAGCAGAUGAUUGAGCGUGUGGACAAAAUCAACGGGGACAAGAGGACCAGGAUCCAGGGGAGGAUAGUGCAUCUCACUGGGAUCCACGCAGUGGAAGACAUCGACACAGACGAGUUCUCGGCUCACCCAUGUUCCCGUGACAACGGAGGCUGCUCCCACAUCUGCAUUGCGAAGGGUGACGGGACCCCCCGCUGCUCCUGCCCAGUCCACCUGGUGCUGCUGCAGAAUCUGCUCACCUGUGGAGAACCCCCGACGUGUUCCCCUGAUCAGUUUGCCUGCUCCACUGGGGAGAUCGACUGUAUCCCCAUGGCCUGGCGCUGCGAUGGCUUUCUUGAGUGUGACGACCACAGCGACGAGGAGAACUGCCCUGUCUGCUCCGCCAACCAGUUCCAGUGUGAGAAGGGACAGUGCAUAGAGUCCCGGCUGCGCUGCAAUGGGGAGAUCGACUGCCAGGAUAAGUCCGAUGAGCAGGACUGUGACACAAUCUGCCGUCCGAACCAAUUCCGCUGCAGCACCAGCCAGUGCAUCCUGGUGAAACAGCGGUGCGAUUCCUUCCCAGACUGCAGCGACGGAUCAGACGAGAUGCUCUGCGAGUUGAACACAGAGACUGAACUCCAGACUCACAGCAGCGCCAUUGGGCCUGUCAUUGGGAUCAUACUGUUGCUAUUCGUCAUGGGAGCCAUGUAUUUCGUGUGCCAGCGAGUGGUGUGUCGUCGCUAUAAAGGCCCCAAUGGACCGUUUCCUCAUGAAUAUAUCAGCGGGACUCCCCAUGUUCCUCUUAAUUUCAUAGCCCCAGGAAGCUCCCAGCAUGGCACUUUCACUGGGAUCUCAUGUGGAAAGUCCAUGAUGAGCUCUAUGAGUCUGAUGGGGAGCAGUGGCAGCGGUGCUCCUCUGUAUGAUAGGAACCAUGUGACUGGAGCAUCAUCCAGCAGCUCCUCCAGUACUAAAGGAACCUUCUACCCACAGAUUUUGAACCCACCUCCGUCCCCAGCUACCGAUCGUUCUCUGUACAAUACUGAAAUGUUUUACUCCUCCAAUAGUCCCUCAACUACCAGAUCAUACAGGCCCUAUCUAAUGCGAGGCAUUGCGCCUCCCACCACCCCCUGCAGCACGGACGUGUGUGACAGCGACUACACCACCAGUCGAUGGAAGACAAACAAGUACUACAUUGAUCUGAACUCGGACUCGGACCCCUACCCUCCGCCCCCCACCCCUCGGAGCCAGUACAUGUCUGCGGAGGAGAGCUGCCCCCCCUCUCCCUCCACAGAGCGCAGCUACUUCCACCUGUGCCCCCCGCCACCCUCCCCUUGUACAGACUCCUCAUGACCGCCCCACAAGGACUUCUCUAUCUGCCUCUGUAUAUAAUUUUAAAUAUGAACAAAUAAGAUAAUUCUAUUUUAUAAAUGCUGGGCAGAGGCUGUUUGUGGGGAGUUUUAGUUUUUUUUUUUGGGGGGGGGGGGCUUGGGGUUGUACAGUACUGCAAGUAAUUCUGGACAUGUGAAAUUUUGUACAGUAGAAAACUAUUUAUUUUUUUUGUUUUUAAUGAAAUGUCACCUGUGUGCCGUGCUCUCAGAUGUUCAACACACACAAUAAGUCACUAGAGUAUGAAGGUAGAAAUACAAUGGGAUACAUUUGUAUGCAAUUGCAUAGCAAUUUGAGCCAUUCCAUUUUUUUUCUGCAAGCCUUAAUUGUAUACAAAUGAUGCACGGUUUUAAACUGCCACUAAACUCUGGCUCAAAUUGCAAUGCAAUAAUUUGAUAUGCAGUCAGUCUAAAAGACCAACACAUUCAUGUAUUGCAGGAAGUUUGUAUGCUUCUGUAAUAUAACAGUAAGAUAGACUUAUAAAUACACAACUGUGGAGUAUAAUCUGCAUAUAAUUUAUACCCAAACAAUGGUAAUAAUAUUUUUAAUUACUUCUCCCAUUUGCAGUCCAUACAUUAAGCGGUCACUUAGACAUAUAGUACCCCUAUUGCAGUCAUUCCUAUGACAGACAUUGUCUGAUUCGGUCUGUUCAUUUAAAUGUCCUUCUAAAUUGUAUAUUAGAGAUGGAAUUACUUUUAUAAAGCAAUGUUGAUUACGAGUGCCCUCACGUUACCAGAAAUGUAUAAGUUUACAUUUCAUUUCUGAUCAAAUCUCAACCUGCAGGGAGUCGUGUCUUGCAGGGGAGAAGCAACUACUUUGCAAAAUAAUGGCUGUACCAGUAAACUGUUUUGUACUGUGUUCAGUUAUUUCUCUAAUUCAAUCAUUGCAAAAAAAAAUGUAAUCCUGCAUUGCAUUGAAGUGCAAAGCACUUGCUUUUAUUAUAAAUCCAUGCAAGGAUCAUUAUUUAUAGCUCUGGCAUUCCUUAUUUGUUUCUUUUACUAAGAUAUCACCCUAAAGAUGCACACUAUGUACUGCGAAUGAAAAAAAAAUCCUUCAUUUAAAAUCCAGACUCUAGAAGCUGUGUCUCUCUCCAAGAUUUUGUUUCAAUCUGAAAAUAUAUUCCCUUUUCAAAUAUCAAUUGCACAUGCGAAUGUUGUGCAACUUCUGCUUAUUUUAUCUUGAUAAUGAUGUUGUGUAUGAACUGUUCCUUGGAAACCCAAUCCUACAGCAUAAUCCACAGUUUUAUGUGGCAAAUGUAGGCGCGACUGUGUGUGGAAGUCCAUGGCACAGAAUCGGAACACAGGGGCUUGUGACUUUCAGCUCUGCCUAAUGUUGUGCAUUCUCAUUGGGAAGUUAUGUGCUUCUCCAUUCUGCUUUGAAACUGCCAAAUCAUGUCAAAUAGCUAUUGGACUGUAUAUAUGUAUUACAUUUUAAUUACAGCUAUAUCUGUCAUUUAUACUUUUUAUGUGAAGAUCAUUUUUACUGUUCAAUUUAAAACAAUGCAGUUCUCGUACUGUUUGUCAGUUUUACAAAGUUGAAGUCCUUUUGAAAAUUGUACUCUCUAUUCUUCAAUUACCAAAACAGUGUAUGUUUGCUGCUACUGUACAUAUAAUAUUCAGUUAGACACAUACAUCUUCAAAAAAAAAAAAGAAUCCAUGUUUGUUAAUACAAAUUGUACAACAUUAAAUAAAUCAUUAAAUGUGUAACCUUUAAUAAUAAAUUAUUAAUCUUUCAUAGCAAAAUCUAGCUUCUCAUGAAUUCUUAUAUUUAUGUAUACUUUAUAUGUAUAGUACCUAUCGUAAUGGAAUAAUCUGAACAUUGCUUUUCACUCUGUGCGUAACACGUUAGGUUUUGGGUUUUUUUUUUUAUUUUAAACAAGCUCAUUCAGUUGCUGUCUUUACUGUUUUCCUAAAAGGUGUCUUCGAAAGAAUACAGAAAAGUGGUCCUGCUUGUAUCAAGAUUCUGCUCCAGUUAAUGUUGCACCCCCCUCAUUUCUUCUUCAAUAUAACAUUAAGGGUAUUUGCCUUGUAAAUCCUACUAUGUGUGCAUGCAAAUACACUCCUAGAGCUACUGUAUUAAUACUUUUAAUAGCCAGGGGCAGGUUUUCAGAGGUUUGUGGGAGAGCUUUGUUAUAGCAGCGUUCAACUGUCCGUGUUUCCUUCACCCUUUCUUAUGAAGCUAUAUACAGGUCUUCAAAUCAAUCCAAAAAGCCUUUGACAAAUUCAAAGAAUAAAUAAGUCAAACACUCAAACAAAAACAUUGUGUGUGCUUCAAACCCUGAAAUGUCAUAAUGGUGCAAAAUUGUUCUAGAGAAAAGGACUCAGUAAAUAUGGGCCCAGACUCCCAGAUAUGACUUCCAAAGAUUUAUGCAGCCCUGAAGCGUUUGGUGUCUUUUGUGUUACAGUCUUGUUUUGUAAUCCAAAGCCCACAGGGAGUAAAGCACUUGGUUUUCCAUGUUUUGUGUUGUGCUUUUUAGUAUUAUUAAUAAGGACAGUAACACUUUAAUAAAAAAUAAAAAAUUGACAGUUAAAAUAUGAAAUUGUUUUGUAAAAUUCUACUAAAUAUUUACAGCCGUGGUUGGUUAUUAUUUUCCACUUGUAACUACUAUCUCAAUGUGGUUGUUGAACAGUUAUGGAAAAGGAGAUUCAGUUCAAAGUCAUACAGUUUCAUAAUGCCAUAUACAAAUAAAUUACAGCUUGGGUGUAAUUUUAACUGUAGUUUAUCUUAAGAUGGUGUCAUAAUUCUAUUAACAAUGUCUGUGUUAAAUGCUUGCAUGAAAACUGCAAUUUAAUAACGUGUUUUCUUUAAUGACUGAAUGGGAACAAUGGCAUUUUAACGAUAAGUGUGGCAUGUGAUAAAGUAAAUCAUUCAAAUGAGUAUGACUAUUUGUGCUGCACAAACUCUGAAGUACACAGAUGUUUGCCCAAUAACUCACUCACAAAAAGCCAUUUAACUGUAUGUGCAUGAUCAGUGUACAGUAUUUAGAUAUGUUUAGUAAUUAUAAUACAAGGCUACAGUAAUGUUUUGCCAGCACAGUUAUUGACUAGUGUAUUAUUCCUACUUUGUACUUGGUUUAUAUAAAGCUUUAGUCAAAUCCUUUUUCUUACACUUAAUAAGCCUAUAUCUAUUUGACUCGCCACUCACCCCUCAAUUAUAAUUUCCUUGAACUUAUAAUUGUCUUAACCUUGAACAUUCUAUAUGGAGACAACAGCAGAAACCCCGCUGUUGUUCCACAGGUAAUGGAGCCCCAAAGCUCUUUGUGCUGGACUGGGCAUCCCUUUGAGAGGAAAUCUGUACUGCAAAGAAAGCAUGGGACUCCCAUUUAGGUUCACCAACUUAGAAGAGAUAGCUGCUCUCUAGUGUUGUACCUUCAUAAAUCACAAAAGCCAUCGAACAUAUUAGAAGUUCAACUGUUCAACCCUAUACAAUAUUGGGUUUAAAUUGCUUGAUUGGCUGUCAGUCACUAGGUAUACAUUAGCGCUUUUAUUUUCUAUGGUGCUAUUGCUUCUAAUGGGGUUCUUGAGUCAAUUACUAGUUAUUUAUUAUUUUUUUUUUGUAUAAGUACGUUUGUAUUUGUAGGUUGUUUGAUUCUAGUUUGAAUUACUCUUACCCACACGUGCAGAUUUUAAAAUGCAGAAUAGAGCAGUUUAGCUGAGAGAAUUGAGGUGGGUCUCGUUCAUGCUCCAGCCAAGGCUUCUGCCUGCAGCUCCGAGAGAGCAUACAGCUUGUAUCAGCCGAACUCCAUCAGCUGCAACAUGCUUGAGUCUCACAUUCAUACAGAAGGCAAAGUCUUAAAGUUCACAAUAGUUAAUAUUAGCCCCGAAUCACCACUAAUAUGUUUUUCACCAACAUUUGGUUUGUUUAACUCCUUGUAUUGUUGUGUUGUGUGUUUUUUUUUUAUGUAUGGCUUCUCUUUUUGAUCCUUCUAUUCAAGUAUACAUACUAGUAAAGUCUAUCUUGUGAUUUGUCUGUUUUUUUGUAUUAUAUUAUUUUGUUAAGGAAUGCUACGUGGUUUGUAAGCUUAUAACUUGUGUUCUCGUGUGAACCGCAAAAGGCUGUUAUUUCUGGUUUAAUAAAUUAAUUUUUAGUGUG